AUGCUGGGCUUUGGAGGAAAUAAGCUGGUUCACCGGUCCAGAGGCAUGAGAUUGAACAUGAACAUCACUAGCAAUAGCUUGCUGGUGGCACGUAGAGGGCUCGAUGCUGGCCUGCGGCUCAAGAGGAAGACGAACGAGUUCAUCUGGAAUUCCAAAAGCUACUACUCGACAGCGAAGGAACACAGUAAGCAGCAUCGGGCCGGAGCCAUGCGGUUUGCUGCGGCCUCUGGGGGGCGGAACUUCAUGAAAACCAAGUGGGUGGUGAUGACGGGUGUGACGCUGGUGCUGGGCUCGUUGAUUCUGAGUCAAAAGCGGCAUUCUGAGCGCGACGAGGACAAGCAGGCGGAUGCCAAGCAGAAACCCAAGAUCCGCAUCUUCAACAACAACUGGUUUUUUUUCUGUUAUUCCACGCUUCCCUUAAAUGCGAUGUCUCGCAUGUGGGGCCAGGUAAACUCUGUGGCACUGCCAGUGUGGUUGCGUCCGUGGGGCUAUAAGCUCUACUCGGUCAUCUUCGGCGUUAAGUUGGAUGAGAUGGACGAUCCGGACCUCACGCACUAUCAAAAUCUCUCCCAGUUCUUCUACAGGAUGAUCAAGCCCGAGUGCCGGCCGAUCGAUGAACGCGAAAAUGUAGUAGUCUGCCCUAGCGAUGGCACAGUUUUGCAAUUAGGCAUUAUCGACUCGGAGAGCGGUGAUAUCGAGCAAAUCAAGGGAUUGACAUAUUCGGUGAAAGAAUUCCUUGGUACACAUUCUCAUCCGAUGAUCACGCGCAGCUCUUCGAGCGAUAGCCUAUGUCAAAACGAACAUGAUGAUACCAAACAUAGAGAGUUUGCGCGCAUAAACAACAUUCCGUAUUCUCUACAAGAUAUUAUUGGCGAUACCCCCGGGACUCAAGGUGAGGAUGCUCAUAUCCAACUUAUUCAAUACGAAAGCGAAGGCGACAAAGUUCUCAACAACUCGAAUAUCCCUCCUUCCAAGGUUGUGAAACUAUUGAGCGAGUUAUCCACGCAUUAUGUGGGUAAAUUGGCCGCUAAUGACCCUAGCCAUACGCAGUUGUACUUUGCUGUGAUAUAUUUGUCCCCUGGUGAUUACCAUCACUAUCAUUCUCCUGUGAACUGGGUUUGCAAAUUGCGCCGGCAUUUUCCAGGAGAGUUGUUCUCGGUGGCACCAUACUUCCAGAGAAACUUCCCAAACUUGUUUAUUCUCAAUGAACGCGUUGCAUUAUUGGGACACUGGAAACAUGGGUUCUUCAGUAUGACCCCCGUUGGUGCCACUAAUGUCGGAUCCAUUAAAUUGAAUUUUGACAAAGAGUUGGUUACGAACUCUAGAUCUAACCGGCAUCUAAAGCCGCACACAUGCUAUGAGGCAACAUACGAGACCGCCUCGAAAAUUCUUGGUGGUGUGCCGCUAGUAAAAGGUGAAGAAAUGGGUGGCUUCAUGUUGGGCAGCACUGUUGUCUUAUGUUUUGAAGCCCCUAGUAAUUUCAAAUUCGACAUCCACGUUGGCGAUGCCGUGAAAAUGGGCCAGUCACUGGGCCAAAUAAACUGA